CCUUGGUCUAGCGCCUUGCCGGCGACACGUCGCGACGACGUUAUACCAAGAACUACAAAAUUUUCUUCAUCGACAGUUCAUUUCUAUCACUAAUACAGUGAUUUUGAGUAAAUGCAGUCCAAUUUAAUUUAGAAAAAAAAACCACCCUCAUGGGUUUUUUUUUUACAAAUUGUCCUCAGGAAAUUAAAAUUUCAUAUAUAUAUUAUUAAAAUAUUACGUGAGUGACAUUGAAAAGUGAAAAGGUCAAUAUUGUAAAAUAAAUUUAAAAAAAAAAAAUAUAUCUAUAUAUUUUUUUAUACAAAAGAUUAAGAACAAAGUGUCUUCAAUAAAAUUGAGCGUAAGCCAAAAAAUUUAUGCUGGUGAUAUUAUAACUUGUCGAGUAGUAGAAAAAAAAAAAAAAUUAAAUCAUCAAGGUGAAGAAGAUUUUAAGGGUCCAGGUUAUACGAGUUUUCGGUUUUUGUUAUUUUUUUGAUGAUAAAUUAUUUUGCAAGAAGGGUAUUGAUAUUGUGAAGGGUUUUUUUUUUUUUAGUGUGAAUAUUUUGAUAUAAUUAAAAGUGAUCUACUGAUGGUGAUUAAACUAGAAUAAAAAAAUUUAUAUAAUUUAUAAAUACAGCUGGAUAAUUGUGUGGCCUUUUAGGCCUAAUAUUAAACCGGCAAUAAUCGGCCAUACGGCCGUUUCACUGCUGUUCCACUGCCCCACACAAAACGCGGCCUCAUGAUUGGUUCAUUUUGGAACUUGUGCCGUGCGUGCCCUUCAAUGCCAAUUGAUAAGCAGCUCCAUUCAGAGUAUCGGAGCACUUACACAUGGCACGAAUACACUGGGCCACAUCAAGAAAAUACUGUUGUUCGUCGGGCACCACAGUCACAACCAAAUUCCACGAAACAAGCGAGCGCAAAGCUGCAAUCGGCCAAGUCAACGGAGGAUGAAAACACCGAAGGACCAACAUUGGAACCACCAUUACCACGACGUAAAAAGUGUCCAGAGUUAGCAUACAGACAUCAUGAAUUUAUUUCAAAUGGAAAUGGUGGUGGUAUUGAUGCUGUUGAUACGAAUAUUGUCGUUGACAAAGUCCGGGAGGUUACUGGUAGCUCAAAUUUACCAGCAAGUCAGCUGAGUAAAGCAAUAUCACGAAUAAGUACUGAAUAUCGAUUACAAUUUGCUUGGCCAAGAAGAGCUCAGUUAACAAAUGGUGAUACUAUAUCACAAUUACCAGCAGCUGGUGGUGCCAGUGGUAAUUCUGGUGGACCACCAAGAAAGUCACUCAGUAUGGGAGCACUUAAACAAGGCAUUGGUCAAACUGGACCAGCACCAGUACAUGUUAAAAAACGACCAGGUGAUUUGGAUCACAAACGUGACGGAAUUCAAGCAUCUGAAUUGGAGCCAUUGUUUGCCAAUAAUACUGAUACAAUUGAUGGCAUUGUUCCAGAGGGUGAAGAACAUGAUGAACAACUCAAUGAGCUUAAAUUAAAUUUCAGAGAAAAAAAAAAAACUGGUAAAAGUGUUAGAAUUAAUGAUACACGUACUAAUAAAAAAGAUAAUGUUAAAAUUUUAUCAAAUGAAAAAAAAAUAUUACCAUCAUCAAAUAUUAACGAACUCAGACGUCUUGCUGAUGGCUACAAGCAUCGUGAAUGGGGCAGUGAUCUGGCAUCUGAAGAGGAAGCAACACUUUGGAAACGUGUUUCGAAUAAUCAUGCUCUCAACGCUUUGUCUCUUGCAAGAUCUGCAACAAAAGAAGAGAAAGAUAAAGAAAAUAUUAAAAAAAUUGCACCAGUUACAAAUACAAUGCCACCAGCUGGACGUCCAUCAUCUGUUCAAGCAAGACCAAUUAGUGGUAUAUUACAAGAAGAUUUUAAUACGGAUAAUGAGAGAGCAAUGGCUCGCGCAAGAAAAGAUUUCUUGUUCCGUCAUCAUUUAGAUCGCACUACAGGUGUCGGUGAUGGUGCACUGUUGCCUUCUCCAACAAGAGAGAAACUUGAGCCAGUAGUACCACGUCGACGUGAUGAAUCAAAAGAGCCACGUGAUGAUGUACAAUCAAAGACAAAAUCAAGUCCAAAAAAUAGUCCAAGAACUGGUAGAUCACAGAGUUUAGGACCAUUAAGUAGAUCACCAAAAAGACAAACACCAAGAGCACCAUCAGUUAAUAAAGAUACAAAGGAAAAAGAAAAAGAACAUAAAGACAAGGAAACGAGGGAUAAAAGCGGUGAGCCUGCAAGGCAUCCACGUCCGAUGGUGAGUGGCCGUGUACGUUGGAGCAUAAGAGAGUCCCCGUACUCAUCCAAAAAAUCCCCAGUGACAAUGUCAUCGAAGAGUCAACCACUCAUACCACCUUUACCACCACCACCUUCUGGGCCCACCACCAUGUUGAUUCACAAGAAGCCCUCACCAAAACCACAACGUAAACCCUUUCUCGCGACAACCGCAAUUCCCCAUCGUCCUCUUCAUCAUCAUGCAAAACCUACAUCAACAACAACAACAUCAACAACAUCAACAACUUCAUCAAUAAUAAAUAAAAAAAAAAAUCAAAUGAUAAUCCCUUUGAUUAAAAAUACAACACAACAAUGUAUCAAUGGCAAUUCAGGAACAUCAUCAUUAUCAUCAGGAAAUGCUUUAUCUUCAAGCUCAAAAUAUCAUUCAUUAAAAAAAAAUAAAAUUAAUAGUAAUAAUAAUAGUAAUAAUAGUAAUUUAAAAAAAAUACAAGAUAAUAUUAAAGUUAAAAAUAGUGCAAUUAAAUCACAAAUCACAAAUAUUGAUUCAUCAAAAUCAUCAAUCGACAAACGUAUUAAAACGAAUCAUGCUAAUGCAGUAUUAUCAGCUAUGACAGCCGAGCCACAAAUAAACGGAGAAACAACAGUUGAAAAUUCAAGUAUUGCAUCAACUCCACCAUCUCAAAGUGUGACAGUUCCAAUUCAAGCAACUGCAGUGAUAACAAGCAGUCCUUGGUUCGACGACGAGCCAGUUGUCAAGAGUCCACCCGAGCCAACACGUGUAAAAUCACCAGAACAAAUGAUAAUGCGAUCACCAGAACCAGUAAAUUGGACAGUUCCAUUAGAUACAGGAAAAACAUUUACAGUCACACAAAAUGUGAGAGAGGGAGAAUUAUUAAUGAGACCACACAGCGAAGCAAAAACAUGGGCGACACAGUCAAUAAAUCCAUCAGCACCACAGUCAGCACCACCAGAACUUGCUCAUCAGCACAAAUCCCAUCAGCACUCACAACACUCGGGCUACAAAUCACCAGAGAGCGAGAGUGUAUCACUGGGGAGUUUCAGCGGUUUGAAUGGUCACAAGGAUCUUGACUCAAUCGAGACAGAGAGUCCAUUACCCAGUAACAUUCAAGAUUCAUCAACACCAACUCAAAGUGAUAAGGAUUCAAUUAUUUUACUUGAAGAGCCACAAAAAGAUGUAGUAAUUAAACCAGUAGCUGGUACAAAUCUUCGUUGUUUGGAAGAUCCAAUAUUUGAAUUUGAACGAGGUAAAAAUGAUACAGUAUCAACAACAACAACAACACCAGCACCAACAGUACCUGGAACUGGAUAUCGUGUAUUAGAAGCUGAAGAUACAAAUAUUUUACAUGGUAGUGGUACUGGUGGUAUAUCAUCGGGUUAUCAUGUUUUAGAAGCACCAAAUUUAAGUCCUGGAUCAACACAAAGAACAGCAACUGAUGUACUUGAAAUGGCUCGUAAUCGUUUUGAUAAAUUUUGGGGUAAAAAUGGAUCUGAUAGUCAGGCUUAGGUAUUCAAUAAAUAAAUAAAUAAUUUAACAUAAUUUACAACAAUCUAGAAAUAAAUUGCAUAAUAAAAAAAAUUGGAGCUGAUUAAUAAAUAUUGUGAUCAAUAAAAAAUUAUAAAAGAGAUAAAAUAGUUACAAAAAUUUAAUUGAAAUAUGAAUUUAUAAAAUAUUAGCUUAUGAAAAACUUGACAUGAUAAUAUUACAAGUAAGAUAAAAAAAAUAAAUAACAAAUUCAUAUGAAUAUAAAUUUUAGCAGCUUCAAUAAAUUUUUGUAUAUUUCAUAAAUUAAUAACGUAAUUAACUAGGUAAUUACAAUAGACUGGAAACACGAUGGUGCUUGUUAAUCAUACGUGGCAAUUAUUAUUAUUUAUUUUAUUAUUAAAUCAAAAUAAUUAAAAGAAAUAAAUGUCAAAUAGAAAUCACAAUAAAUGAUCACAUAUAAAUGUCAGCUCCUGCUAGCCAACCCAAACCAUAUUUAAUUAAUUAUUAUAAUUAAAAAUAUAAUUAUUGCACUGCGAUAUUAAGUGAGACAAAAUAAUAUGUUAAUGAAUUUUUUUAAGUAUGAUGAUUGAUAUAUAAAAUAUUAUAACAAAAUAAAUAAGUGUUGAAAAGAAAAAAAUAUAUAGAUAAUCAAGUAAAUUAAAAAUUUAAAUAAAUAUAUCAAUGAUGAUGUUGAUUAAGCAUCAUCUUGAAUUAAAAUAAAAAAAAAAUGUUAUUAUUUUAAUUAAUUUAUUGAUAUUUAUUUAUUUUUAAUAAUUAAAAUGAAAAUUAUUCGCUGCAAAUUUACAACAAAUACAGAAUUCAAGUUUAUUGAAAUUAAAUUAAACGUAAUGAUUUAAUUUACGUUGGAGAAGUCAACGAUUGGUAAAAUAAUAAUAAAUAAUAAAAUUAUGUUGAUAAUUAUCCUAAUAAAUUAUUGCCAUUUAUUCAAAUUAUUAUUAUUCAAAAUUUAGUUAAAUUUCCAUAUAAAGUUUUUGAAAUAAAUGCUGAUUUAAAUUUUCUAUGUAAACAUAUAUAUAAUCAAGAAGGCAAUUAUCUUUGAGAAAUUAUUAUGGAUAUAAUCAAACAAUACGUAACAAGAUGAUAAAAAAAGAUGAUAACAAUUUAUAAUGAUAAUUUAAAAUUGAUGAACAAGAGAAUUGUUUUUUUUUUCUCACAAUAUACACCAGUACACCACACUCCAUCCAGAUCCACGUCCAAAUUCCAUAAUUGAAUAAUAAAAAAAUAAUAACAAUAAACAUCCAAAUGUAGUAAACGAGAGAAAAAUUAAAAUUUAAAAAAAAAAACUAAAAAUAAAAUAUGUCAAAAAAAAAUAAACGACUGAUGAUGGAAAUUGGUAGAUAGGAUUCAGGAUCGUUGUGAAAUUGAGUCAUAAGAUUUGAAAAAAAGAAUUAAAUUAAUUGAAGAUUAAUAUUAAAUAAUAAAAUAAAUAUGUAGUUUCGAUAUUUCAAUAAUUUCAAGGGCUUUAAUCCUUGAGCUUUCGAAAUUUUUUUUGUGAAAAAAAAACAAACAAAAAGAAGAAAAAAAUAUAUAUUAAUAAUAUUAAUAAAAAAAUAAUCAUCGUUUGGCUUUCAUUGUAUCAAAUUAAAUAGAUAGAAGAAAAGAAAAUGAAAAAUAAAUAAAUUACUCAACUUCAUAAAGUUUAUGUUUCUCAUGAUAAUUAUGAACAAAAAAAAAAAUUAAUUUUUAAAAUAAGACUCCGUUCGAAUGCACCUGCGAGCUCACACUGCCCGUCCGAAUUUUUUAGGCACCGAUUAUCCUGUGAUCCUGUGACAUGAUGAUAAAAAAAAAAAUUACAAAAACAGAAUGUACAUUUUUUCUUUUUUUUCUAGAUAAAAUGUCAUUACUUUAAUUGACAAUUAAAUAUCACAAGGAUUUUUUUCCUUCAAAUUAAUCAUCAAUUAUAAAUUAUUUUGUUUUUAAUUUAUUUUUAAUAAAUGAAUUUUUUUUUUAACUAAUUAAUCAAACAAUGUGCUGGACACAAUUUUUUUUUUUUUUAAUUUUUCAAUUGAAUAUUUAAAAAUAAAAGUUAAAUAUUACAUUUUCAUUUAAAUAUUUUAAUUAAUAAUCAUUGAUAAAUAAAAAAAUAAAAAUUGAUUUUAAAUGUGCAAAAAAAAAAUAAUUAAUUAAAUCAACAAAACUAAUCGUAUAAAUAAAAAAAAUUAAAAAAUUUUCUAUAGUCAAAAAAAAAAAAAAAUUAAAUAUGAAAAUGAAUUUUUAAGUGUUUUUGAAUUAAUAAAUAACAUUAGUAAUAAAUAUAUAUAGCCGAAAUGACGAAGGCAAGAAAUUGGGGUUCCUUUUUUUUUCCAUCCCUCGCCUUAGUCCAUAAACGCCUAUUAAAAUAAUUCAUAGAACAUAAUACGAAUAAUAAUAUACGAUAGCGAUAAAUAAUAAUAAUAAUUUUGAAUAAUAAAAAUGAAUAAAACAUUAUUAAUAAUUGUGGUGGUUAAAAAAAAAAGCAAAGAAAAAAAUGGUAUAUGAUUGAGACCGAGCUGUUUUGUCAAAAUACGAGAAAUAUUAAAUGAUUAAUUGAUAAAAAAA